UAUGGUCGAGCGAAAUUUUAACCCAGCUCUUCUCCGAAACUCCUCGUUUACGUAUCUGGGAUCCAUCUCUCCAAUUUAGGGUUUUUGCCUCCCUUCCACUUUUCUUCUCUAACUUGUCAUAGCACUAUCGGCUCCCGUUUUCUCUUGAUAUUCAUUUCAAUAUCAGCUUCUAUUCCGUCGAAACCCUCCCAAUCAGGUCCACAAUUGUAGCUGAGAACUUCUUCUUCUGAUCUACAAUGGCUGAACACUUGGCCUCAAUAUUUGGCACCGAGAAGGACCGUGUCAACUGCCCUUUCUAUUUCAAGAUCGGCGCCUGCCGUCAUGGAGAUCGUUGCUCUCGCCUCCACAACCGCCCUACUAUUUCCCCCACUCUUCUCUUAUCGAACAUGUACCAGCGCCCCGACAUGAUCACCCCUGGUGUCGAUGCUCAGGGUCAGCCCAUAGAUCCCCGCAAGAUUCAGGAGCACUUCGAGGAUUUCUACGAAGACAUUUACGAGGAACUCGGAAAGUUCGGUGAGAUCGAGAGCCUCAACAUCUGUGAUAACCUCGCCGACCACAUGAUCGGCAAUGUUUACGUUCAGUUUAGGGAGGAGGACCAGGCUGCUGCCGCACUUCAAGCGUUGCAAGGGCGAUUCUACUCUGGUCGACCCAUAAUCGCAGAUUUUUCUCCGGUGACAGAUUUCCGCGAGGCCACGUGCCGCCAGUACGAGGAGAAUAAUUGUAAUCGAGGUGGAUAUUGCAAUUUUAUGCAUGUUAAGAUGAUUGGGAAGGACUUGAGGAGGAAGCUGUUCGGUAGUAGGUUCCGGGGUUAUAGGCGGAGCCGUAGCAGGAGUAGAAGUUUGAGUCCGCGGAACCGGAAGGACUACGAUAGGCGUGAGAGGGAUUAUAGAGAUCGUGACCAUCGUGGAAACGGACGGAGCAAGGAGCGUCCAGAUAGGUAUGACAGAGAUGGGGGAAGGAGAAGGCAUGGAAGCCCCAGGCGAAGCAGAAGUCCUGUCAGAGAAGGAAGCGAAGAGCGCCGAGCCCGUAUUGAACAGUGGAACAGAGAGAGGGAGGAGAAGCAGUGAGGUGUACGUGUUCGUGUUGGAAUUUGCCUGUUUGUUUCUCCUACAUGAAUUUCUGAUCCAGGCAAGAACAGGAUAGAAAAUGCGUUGGCAUGUUAGCUAGCAAUUCAAAUUCCGAUUACUUUUUCUCUAUCAGUCGGCUGGGAAGUACAUGGAGAUGUUGUCCAACUUGUGGGGGAAGGAGUUACAUUUGAGUAUACGUGAGAAAAAGUGAGAUCAUGGUGCUUUUAGAUCGUUGAGUGUGAAACAAAUAAGGUUGUACUGUGUGCUAGUCAAAUUGAUGAAUGUUGAUUAUGUUAACUAACCGUGUAUGGCCUUGUUGUUCCUUGCAUAACUAGUUUUGGUAGAGAGUAACCUUCUUUAGAUGUUCCACGACUUUUCUUUAUAUGGAAAUUGUUUGAAAAUUGUUUGGGUUUUGAAAGGGCCUAGA